GGGGUGUCGGGCUGAUAGGCUCGCCCGGAGGAAAGCGCAUUACGUAGGCAAGCGGCUCCGCUCAACUUGCCACCUGCGCCGGGAGAGCAGCCGGGGAAGAAGCGAGAUCCUGCCGGAGCCCCUCGCCCGCCGCUGGCCGCCCACCCGCCCUCCGCCAUGGACUGCUGCAAUGAGGGAGCCUGCACAAAGCUGGACGAGGACAUCCUGGACAUCCCUUUGGACGAUCCCGAUGCCAACGCGGCAGCUGCCAAGAUCCAGGCUAGUUUCCGUGGCCAUAUGACCCGCAAGAAGAUCAAAGGGGGCGAGAUCGAUCGGAAAACCAAGGACGCCGAGUGCGCCAACAGCACCCGCGGCGGCGACCUCCGCAACGGCGACUAGGUACCCCCCAAAUCCCGCUCUGCCCCCCAAAACUGGGGGCCACCAGCUGCUGACCGGACACCCCUCGCCACCGACCCCCUGCCAGCGCUGCCCGCCGAGGCCCAGGAGCCCCCGCUUCACCCCCUGCCCCCCGCAUGCACCCCCCGGGGUCCCCCCACAGCCAGGCCCCGCCCCUGUCCCUGGCUGUCCCCCCCCGCCCCAGACACCCCCCGCCCCAAUAAACGCCCCUGCCAGAGCCCCGGCCUGUCCUCGGUGCCUUCUGAUGCCAGCGGCAGAGCGGUGAGGUCACAGUGGGCAGGGGGAGGGCUGGGGAUGCCAGCAGGGACUGCCCGUGUGUGUGUACAACACGCUGCAGGCACGUGUGACAUCACUGCCAGGCUGGGACGUGACAUCAGCGCGUGCUGUGACAUCACUGGGGGCGGGAGAUGACCUGCGAGGUGCUGGCAUGAGUUGGGUGGUGAUGUCACUACUGGAGAAGUGACAGCUGCUGUGACACCAUGCAGGGGUGUGAGAUGUCACUGCUGGGUGUGUGACACCAUACAGGUGUGUGUGACACCAUACAGAUGUGUGUGACAUCACUGCUGGGUGUGUGACACCAUACAGGUGUGUGUGAUGUCACUGCUGGGUGUGUGACACCAUGAAGGUGUGUGUGAUGUCACUGCUGGGUGUGUGACACCAUACAGGUGUGUGUGAUGUCACUGCUGGGUGUGUGACACCAUACAGGUGUGUGUGACACCAUACAGGUGUGUGUGACGUCACUGCUGGAUGUGUGGCACCAUACAGGUGUGUGUGACGUCACUGCUGGGUGUGUGACACCACACAGGUGUGUGUGACACCAUACAGGUGUGUGUGACACCAUACAGGUGUGUGUGACACCAUACAGGUGUGUGUGACGUCACUGCUGGAUGUGUGACACCAUACAGGUGUGUGUGACACCAUACAGGUGUGUGUGACACCAUAUAGGUGUGUGUGAUGUCACUGCUGGAUGUGUGGCACCAUACAGGUGUGUGUGACGUCACUGCUGGGUGUGUGACACCACACAGGUGUGUGUGAUGUCACUGCUGGGUGUGUGGCACCAUACAGGUGUGUGUGACACCAUACAGGUGUGUGUGAUGUCACUGCUGGGUGUGUGACACCACACAGGUGUGUGUGACGUCACUGCUGGGUGUGUGACACCACACAGGUGUGUGUGAUGUCACUGCUGGGUGUGUGACACCAUACAGGUGUGUGUGACACCAUACAGAUGUGUGUGACAUCACUGCUGGGUGUGUGACACCAUACAGGUGUGUGUGAUGUCACUGCUGGGUGUGUGACACCAUGAAGGUGUGUGUGACAUCACUGCUGGAUGUGUGACACCAUACAGGUGUGUGUGACACCAUACAGGUGUGUGUGACAUCAUACAGGUGUGUGUGACACCAUACAGGGGUGUGUGAUGUCACUGCUGGAUGUGUGACAUCAUACAGGUGUUUGUGAUGGCUGGAGUGACAUCAUUCCACUGUGUGUGAUGUCACCACCAGGCAUGACUGUGGGUGUGACACCAUACAGGCACGUGUCACAUUGCUGCUGUGUGAUGGCAGGUGUGACAUCAUGCAGGCUCAGGUGACAUCCCUGAUGGACAUGUGAUGCCUGUAUGGCAUCAUCCGGGCCUCAUUCAGGUGCUGUGAUGUCACACACUCAUUGUGGCAUUGUACCUCCUGACACAGGGAGUGACAUCACGGUCAUGGGUGUGACAACGCGUCCAUCGUGAUGUCACCUCAGCCUGAGGAGCUUGGCUGGUGCACUGUGACAUCACCCUGCCCUAUGACAUCACCCAGAAGGUCGUGGGACAUCCCUCCCCGCCUCGAAAUCCGCACAAACUCACCCAAAGCGCCGGUGCUGGGCAGCGCAGCAGCUUUUAAUCAGAAAACCCCUAAAAAAAGUGUGUGUGUGUGUCCCCAUCAUCCCCCCUCCCCCCACCCCUACUUUCUUUUGUGAAAAAAUCCCUCAUUUCACCUGAUAUAUAGAUAUAGAAAAACAAAAACCAUAAAAGGGGACCCCCCUGAGGCAGGGCUGGGGCUGGUUUGGGGGGUGAUAUUUAUGGGGUCCCUCCAACGCAGAGAGCCCCUGCACCCAUUAAACACACCCACGACGA